AUGGACGUGGGUGAGCCUCCCUUGGUGCUGGGCCCACAGUCAGUUUGGGCGAGCUCCCCUUGGCGUAAGGCGAGGCACCCUUGCAACUGGGCGGGCCUCCCUUGUUGCUUGGCCCCUUGGGGUGAGUAUGCUAUAUGCUAUGGUUGGAGCACACCGAGGCCAGUUGGGCAAGGACCAGUGAGCGCUAAGGUGGUCUCAUCAGUCAAUGGUCGUGGUCAAGCCAAUGCGCAGUCGAUACCGAGCGAGUCAGGCUUGGCGACAGAGGCUGGGUACGGAGCUAGCGAGCCUAGUUCUAGAGUCAGGAGGGAGAGAAUGCUGGGCACUUUUGGUGGUGAUGACCUGGCUCCUUCAAGUGGAAUUUCUCAAAGUUAG